AUGGAGUUCAUCUUCCUGCCUUGGGUUGAAGAUGGCCGCACCAAUGACGUCGAUAAGCAGCUUCAAUCUUCGCGUCGGCACCAGCAUACCGCUCUGGCUUCCCAUCGAAAGAACCGAGAACUUCGCAGCUUACAACGAAAGAGACUGCACAAUAUACACCAAUCAGAGCCGAAUUCCACCUCACCAGGCUCCACCGAGCAGCUCCCCAGAACCCGCAACUUAUGGGACAUGACGAGGAGCGCAACCCUCCAGAUGAGCGAUGCCUCUACAACUCAGGAUAACACCCCGCCUCCGCCUUCACCGAGAACUCUGCUCGACACCACCCGCUGGGGCUCACUCAACCUUUUUGGUCAACUGGAACUCUCCGCCGAAGUCCAGAAAAUAUUUGAUGACGCCUUGAUCCACCAAUGGCCGGCCUUCGCCUUGGCCACGCACGAUGCCGCGAUUACAGAGAUUCGAGUAACCGCCAUUCGUACUUCGCUGCUGGCUCCACAUUGCCUCUUUGCGACAAUAUAUGCAGGCGAAUGCUACAGAUCUUAUUUCGACGGCACAACACCCCACAAUGAGAUGCUUCAACUUCAGUCAAAACAAGAAGCUCUGAAACAUCUUCGACGAGCCAUAGAGGACAACGAAGGGGUUGCGUCGGACGAAGUGCUCUGGACCAUAACUCUUUUGGCAAUUCAUGGCUCCGUCCGUACGCGGAAGCAGCCCCGGUUCGCCGCUCCCCUGUACCGAGACAAUGAAUUCUAUUCCAGUUUGGAAUUCGAACGGGCUCAUUUGCACGCUCUGAGGACGCUCGUCAAUCAAAAGGGAGGCUUGAAGAAUUUGACACUACACGGCCUGAGCAACAUGAUAUCAAUGGUCGACACCUUUCAUUCUCUAAGGACCCUGACCAAACCGGUCUUUCCCCCCUUUUAUCCAGCAUCAUACCUCGUGGCCUCACUACGAGAGACAUGGGAUGAUGUGGUGGAAUCUCGAUUCGCGACCUAUCAAGACGGUUUUGUCUUUCUGGAUGCUCUCCGCGGCGGUCCUCGGUUACAUCACAUCAUUCGUCAAGUCCGAGUCCUUCUCGAGACAUUCUCCCUCUGCCUUCGCGAUUCCCGCAGAAGUCCAGACUUCAUGCUCAUGGUCCACGCUCGUCGCGCUAUACAGCACGAGGCCUUGCGACUUCGAUCAGAAGGAGAUUGUUUAUUGGAAGUCGCCCGUCUGUCUUUUAUUAUUUUUGUGCGAAAGCUGGCAGAGUUCGCCUGGACAUUACCGAUCAUUGGUGAUUUCCACGAAAGGGUGACGAAACUCCUCCUGCAAGCUCUGGAAGAAUGUGCUCUUUGUCAACAUUGGCAGACACACCAUGAAUUCCUCUUGUGGGCAACAAUCGUGGGCGGACUUGCUGCACGCCAGAGUCCACGCGUUUCGAGCUUUGCUCUCAAACUGCGAGACUCAUCCAUGGCCAUCGACAAGGAUUCGUGGCCAUACGUCAAAAGCGUAUCGCAGAAAUUCCUGCCUCUAGAAUAUGACCUCGGAGACUUGUGUCAUAACUUUUGGGAUGAAGCCUGUGAUUUUCUCAUGGAGAAACCAGUUGACGAGCAAGGCUCGAGCAAGCAGCAACUCCUCAGAAUCAGCCUUCAGCACAAAGCCGGCACACUUGCUAUUGGAAUUACCCUGGAGGUGAAGCACUUUGCCGAAGCUCGACAGCCCCACGUAUGGCUGAGAAUCGGAAAAGAGGAAGGCCUAGAACUGAGGCGAAGGCCGAUAACUGGAUCGGGGUCGAGGAUGCCAGGGAGAGGAAGCGGAUACAAGAUAGAUUGGCACAGCGAGCGAGACUUGUUCAAACGAGGAGCUAAUGACGGGCCACUAGGAAAUCGCCUCCUCUCGCGGGUGGUUAAAGAAGCCGAAGCCGUCAGUGACAGCAGCACACCCUCUCACCACAGGGAAACUAGUCAGCUCCGACGGACCGAGUCUAUCAACCAGACAGCUCCCGGCAAAGAAGUAGUGCCCGGUCCAUCACCACGGAUACACGCACUCGAGCUUUCGCAUUCAACCUUGUCCGUUGUCAGUCCUCGUUUGAUGCAACAAUCGCUCUAUGGAGUGCCCACAGACCAUUAUUUCCUCUGUUGGCCGGCUUGGGCCAUCUACUCAGCCCUAGGUCAGCAUGGCCUCAUGCAAGGCACAGUAUGCGAAGGAUCUCACCAAGAAGUAAAGUCACCGCCAGAAUAUCUGACCCUUCCUGAAUCCCUGCGGCCAUCCCCACUGCAGCUGGCUGUACCCCAUCGACGCUGGAUUGAUCGGUUCCCUUUCCCUCGGUUGCGAGACAACAUGAUUUUACUUGGUGGGCUGAUUGAUCUGGACGACUUUGUUAGGGACUUGUUUGGGAUGGCCAGCCUGAUUCUUCGACACGAGGUCCGCCGCGCGACCUGGGAUCCAGAAUCUUGGGCUAUCGGUCGUGAAUUCUCUGCAAAGUGGGGAUAUCUGUUCCAGUAA